AUGGAAACAGCCCCUCAAGCAGUCGAUUGGCAGGAGCUGGUGGCUCGCAAACGCAGCGAAUGCCAGGCGAAGAUCCCGCACGAGUGGAUGGUCACAGUGGAUCAACUUCAAGUGUCCCCGCGACUGUUAGAAUCUGGUCUGGUGCGGCGAUGUGGUCUCUUAUCCGAGAUCGAGCUCGAUAUUACUGAGAACUACUCAGCAGCUCAGCUGCUGGCCAAAUUGGCUGCAGGCCACAUCACUUCAUUGGCCGUCACCACCGCGUUCUGCAAGCGAGCAGCCAUUGCGCAACAAGCGACAUCGUGCCUGACGGAGACCUUUUUUCCACAAGCGCUGGACCGCGCUCGCUUUCUGGACGAAUACCGCGAACGCGAAGGCAAGCCUAUCGGGCCACUGCACGGACUGCCGGUCAGUCUCAAAGACAGCUUCUGCGUUGAGGGUAUCCAAUCUACUGUGGGAUAUGUCUCUUUCCUGAACCAUGAGCCCGCAAAAACCAACUCGUCCCUGGUGGCCCUACUUCUCGACCUCGGCGCCGUGCUCUACGUCAAGACAAACAUCCCCCAGACCAUGAUGGCAAGCAAUUUCCCACAUACCUCUCCAACUCAGAGAAACUGUGAUUCCGACAAUAACAUCUUUGGCCGCACGUUGAACCCGCAUAACACCUCCUGGACCGCCGGGGGCUCGACUGGCGGCGAAGGCGCCCUCAUCGCCUUCCGAGGCUCUGUGCUCGGCGUAGGUACUGAUAUAGCCGGCUCCAUUCGCAUCCCAGCCCUUUGCUGUGGCGUAUACGGGUUUAAGCCAACCACUAACCGCAUUCCGUUUGGCGGACAAGUCUCCGGUGCCAUGGAGGGCCUGCCAGGCAUCGUCCCUGCUGCCGGCCCACUCGCACACAGCGUAGCAGACCUUAAGUUGUUUAUGAACUCCGUUGUUAGCGAUGGCCAUGCAUGGAAGUACGACGAAACGGCAGUGGCUGUGCCUUGGAACACCGGCGCUCAGGUCGCCGGAAAUCAAAAUGGGAGUCUGGUCAUCGGCGUCUUGUCCGAAGACAAGCAGCUCCCGCUACAUCCUCCGGUCAAGCGAGCCUUGGCCCGUGCCGUAGACGCACUCACUCGGGCAGGUCAUCUUAUCGUACAGAUUGAUAACCAGAACAAGGAGCAUCUUUCCGUGGCUUAUGCGUCGCGAUUGGGCUUCCAAUACUUUAUCUACGGCCCACACGAGGAUCACAUAGCCUCCAGCGGCGAACCGCCUGUUCCCUCCGUCGCGAAGGCUGCAUCGCCGAUGUUCACUGGCCCUUUCCCAAUUGAACCAGGCCUAGAACCUUUCCAGACCAUUCAAAAUCUACAUGUCGCGCGCAAGCAGGUGUCGGAUGCCUGGCGUAAGGAGUGGGUAGAUCAGAAGCUGGAUGUGAUUCUUGCUCCCGGGGCCCAGAAUACGGCAGUGACCUAUGAUACAUACGGGUGGCCCCCGUAUACUCUGCUUUGGAAUCUGCUAGAUUAUCCGGCUUGUAUCAUUCCUUUUGGGAAAGCUUCCAAGGAAUUGGACCCUGAGAAGUUUGAAACUGGAGAUGACGUGCAGCCAGACUAUAUUCCUGAGGAACUGGAUGGAGCGCCCUGCGCCAUCCAGAUUGUCACCCCCCGCUUCCAAGACGAAAAGUGUCUGGCAGCUGCUGAAAUCAUCGAGAAGGCGAUUCGCAUGUAA